GGGGUUGGGGCCGCGCUCCCACUCGCCCACACGGUCCGGGUCGCAGUCCGGGUGCAGCCAGCAGCCUCGCCGGCAGCUCGCUUGCUCCCCGCGCGGCCCGGCCCGCAGGUAGAAGCCGCCAAGGGACGCGGACCCGGUUUUUCGCACCACCCCCCUGCCGCCGCCACGAGCACCGCGCCCCGCUGCGGCCGCCGGCUUCGAGGGCUCACUCACAGCCACCAUGAGCGAGGCCUUUGACUGUGCAAAAUGCAGCGAGUCCCUGUAUGGCCGCAAAUACAUCCAGACAGACAAUGGCCCCUACUGUGUACCCUGCUACGACAACACCUUUGCCAACACCUGUGCAGAGUGCCAGCAGCUGAUCGGGCAUGACUCGAGGGAGCUGUUCUACGAAGACCGCCACUUCCACGAGGGCUGCUUCCGCUGCUGCCGCUGCCAGCGCUCCCUAGCCGAUGAGCCUUUCACCUGCCAGGACAGUGAGCUGCUCUGCAACGACUGCUACUGCAGUGCCUUCUCCUCACAGUGCUCUGCCUGCGGAGAGACCGUCAUGCCGGGGUCCCGGAAGCUGGAGUAUGGCGGCCAGACCUGGCACGAGCACUGCUUCCUGUGCAGUGGCUGUGAGCAGCCGCUGGGCUCCCGUUCCUUCGUGCCCGACAAGGGCGCUCACUACUGCGUGCCCUGCUAUGAGAACAAGUUUGCUCCUCGCUGCGCCCGCUGCAGCAAGACGCUGACACAGGGUGGCGUGACAUACCGCGACCAGCCCUGGCAUCGAGAAUGUCUGGUCUGCACCGGGUGCCAGACACCCCUGGCAGGGCAGCAGUUCACCUCCCGGGAUGAUGAUCCCUACUGUGUGGCCUGUUUUGGAGAACUCUUUGCACCCAAGUGCAGCAGCUGCAAGCGCCCCAUCACAGGACUCGGUGGAGGCAAGUACGUGUCCUUUGAAGACCGCCACUGGCACCACAGCUGCUUCGCCUGCGCCCGCUGCUCCACCUCCCUGGUGGGCCAAGGAUUCGUGCCAGACGGAGACCAAGUACUGUGCCAGGGCUGCAGCCAGGCAGGGCCCUGAGCCAGGGCUCCUGGGCCCAGGCCCUCCCAAACCAGGGCUCGAGGACUAAGGCUCCUUUUCCAAACCACUUCUGGGUCCCAGCCUCUCCCCAAAUUGGGGCUCCCCCUGGGCUCCAGGAUUCAGCUUCCCCACUGCAACAUCCACAGACUGGUACUCCUUGACCCAGGCCCCCAAACCUGGGCUCUUACAGAGAACCUCUCAUUCAGAUCCCCUCUCAUGCCUGAACUCUAGAACUCAGCCCUGUCCGAUAUUGUCAUGGUUCCCAGACCAAUCCUCCUCCCCAAAUCAGGGAUCUAGACCCCAGCCCUUCAAAGCGAGACUCUGGGACCUAGGCCCCUUCAAUCUAGGCUUCUCUGCAGAGACUCUAGGUCUGUGAUGUGCGCCUGAGAAGUGCUAUACUCAGGCUUGACCCCCCCCCCCCAUUCCACUCCUGUCCCCAGGGCUGAGGCUGUUUGGGCAACAGAUCAGAGGUUCGCUGGCUAGGGGGUCCUAGGGUUCAGGGUUUUGCCCAGCCCAUGUUCGUUGAGUGUUCUCUCAUUUCAGCUCCAUUUCGCCCAGAGAUGGGCAGAGGGGUGGAACUGUUUCAUCCACUUAGAGAUUCUGCAAUAAAGCAGCGUGAGGUAGCACAGGCCUCUGUG